AUGGAAUUACCCCUCGCCCUCUCCGACAUGUUCACCAAGACCGCAAUACUGCCGCUACUGUCAUUACUGGCUACUAUGUCCACCGGCCACCCACUGAGCGACAGUGCUCCUUCCAGCCAACCGAAACCAUACACCAUCAACGUCGACCCGGAAUUCAUUGAAGAGACUCGAAUUAGAGCUAGCCAAUUCCGCCAGACGGAACCCAUUGAUGCACCAGCAUGGUUUGACGGACCCCCAACUUCCAAGAUCAACGACGUCGCGAAGUAUUGGGCAGAAGACUACGACUGGUCGAAAGUGCAAGAUGGGAUCAACAAGAACUUCUCACACUUCUACACGACGGUGCCGUCACCGGGAGGAAACUACGGCAGCAACGAGUCACUGGACCUCCACUUCAUCCACCAGCGUAGCAACAGGGAUGAUGCGAUUCCCAUCCUCUUCCUUCAUGGCUGGCCUUCCACCAGCCUAGAGUGGGAGAAAAUCAUCCUCCCCCUGACGAACCCCGAAGACGACAGCCAGCCAGCCUUCCACGUCGUCGCUCCCGACAUCCCAGGCUUCGGCUUCUCCCCCGCACCCAAAGCCCCAGGGCUAGGCGGCGCAGAACACGCCACCGUCUUCGCCAGCCUGAUGGAACAGUUGGGUUACGACCGCUACGUCCUCUACAGCACCGACCUCGGCACCGUCGUCGCCAUGAGCUACAUCGUAGACUACGCCCCGCGCAUCAUCAACCACGUAACGGACUUCUACAUGGUCUUCCCCACAGACGCCGACACCGCGCGGUACGCCGCGAACAAGACCACCCCCGAGGAAACAGUGUACAUCAACUCGAUCAAUUCCUUCCUAACGAACCACUCUGCGUAUUCCGCUAUACACUCUACGCUGCCCUUGUCGCUUGCCUACGCCCUCAACGACUCCCCCGUCGGCUUCCUCGCCUGGCGCUACCAGCUCGCGUGGUCGGUCUCAGACGUAGACUACACCUUCGACGAGCUCAUUACCGACACCCUCAUGCUGUACAUCCCCGGCGUGUACGGCAACAUCAGGAGCUACAAGGAGCUUUUUGGGCUCGAUUCGUUUGCGCCAAAGGUGCCGUUCACGGUGCCGACGACGGUGCUGCAGUUUGGAGGUAAUUCGCACUAUGCCGAGUUGGCAAACUUCAACUAUGUGCCGAAGGAUUGGGUAGAAAGGACGGCUAAAGUCACGUACUUCAAGAGACAUGAGAAGGGAGGGCAUUUCCCGGCUUUGAGUCAGCCGCAGUGGGUGAUUGAUGAUAUUAGGGCUGCGCUUGCAUAG